CGCACCCCGCGCUAGCAAAGGUCAAAGGUGGCGUGAUGCAACUGAGUCUGGAGGGACGAGCUCUAGAAUCGCUGCUGCAAUAGAGAGGAAAAAUGUCGGCAGGACAGAUGAUAUUCUGCGAGGUUUGCAGGAAGAUAUUCCCUGGACUCAAUAAGGCGGAUGUGUUCAAGCAUAACUUGACAUGGGAACACCGCUCCAACUUGGGGUUUUCACAGUCCAGCUAUGCAGAAAGUGGCAAGAAACAGCAGCCGAGUGCUUCUGGAGGGAAGUUUAAGGAAACUCUGUCAGUGGCUGACACGACCACUAGUGUCGGAACCAGCACUGCCUCUUCCAAACUGAGAGAAGGAUCUUUGACUGGAGGAAUCACUCAAACACAGAGACAUUCUCAAACUCCACUAGUUCCUGCCCGUGCCCGGCCUGCUCCCCCGUUUCAGUCCAGGAGCCAACCACCUCCGACAAGAUAUUUCACCAGACCCCCUAGAGCUCUGUGCCCCCCUGGCCUGUCCCCCUACCCACCACCGAUGUCCCAAACAACCGCUCUUAGCAGGGUGGCUUUCCUGCUUUCCCCCUAGACCCCUAUUCCCCCCACGCAAUGGUUCCCCGACAUCUAUCCGUCCCAAUCUACCCCCUUCUAGAGUCUCAACUCCCACCACACAACCACAAGGUGCAUCAUCGUCUACUACUGGGAUCUCCAGUGCUCAAACUCCUGUUGUAAAGCCGGCAGUUUCAGCUGCACAAGUACGACCACCCGCUCUUCCCUCAGCGCAGAGUUGCAGUAAACAAACCAAAACCUCUGGCUCUGCUAUAAACCCUACCUCUGUUGCCACUCAGACGAUUGCCCCAAAAGUUCCCAUUCCUUCAAAACACCAAGCCACCUCGGUAGGUGUAAAACUCCCUCUUCCCUCGCCCUCUCAGGGUACUCUUCCACGUCCACAAUCCUCAAAGCCACCACCUACAGCUAUACAAGCUUCCAGGCCCUCUGCAGUUGCACAGUGUUCUAGGGCCUCGACUGUUUCUCAACCUGCAAAGUCACCACCUACAGCUACACAAUCUUCUGCAGUUCCACAGCCUUCUAAGCCACCGGCUACACAAAGUUCCAGGCCCUCCACAGAACCACCAAAGCCACACCCUAUAGCUCCCUUAUUGUCAAACACCUCUACUACCACGCAACAGUCUCCGAGGCCACCUCCUCUUCCACCACAACCUGUAGCGUUGAAAUCCACACCACUACCACCUUCGCAACAGCCUAGUGCAAUUUCAAAACCACUGCCUCAGCCUACUCCACCUCUACCUACACCAUUGGGUUAUAUUGGAGGAGUCGCUGUAUCUAUACCCGGAUCUCCUCCAAAGGCAAGUAGUGAACUAAACAACAAAGAGAAAGCUAGCGGAGUUCAGGAGAGUUCGGCUCUGUCGGCGUCCACCAAGGAACAGACUGAGACAAGAUACGGCGUGAAGCUUCCACCUAUGAGGAUCCCAAAGCUCUCACACAUUGCCAAGAGACUUCAGAAUGCGAGGCUGUCUCCGUCAAUUACCUGGGACUACCCCCUGAUUUUACCAAAACCAGCUCCAUCUUGUUCUACAGGGGGCACCAAUGCAAAUUCCUCCUCUAUCAACACUGCUGUGCAAAAUAUAGCUGUCGGUAGCUUGCCAAAAAAGAAGAAAAAGAGGAAAAAGAAGAAUAAGCCUGCAUCUCAAGAAUCUGACUCAAUUACCUCAAGUAACAGUGGCCUAGGUCUAACGGGCAAAAAACCACAAGGGACUAAAAAAAAACAGCAGAAAGGUGUGUUUAGUAAAGAAGCUCGGGGCAAGAACCAGGGAAUUGUCAUUCGAGACACUUCACCAAAGUUUAUUCCACCGGAGAAGACAAAGAAACCACCGAGAUGUCAGUCUGGAAGGUCAAUGGUUAGUGUGGAGCCAAUGGAGGUGUCCCAGCCUGCGCCUUGUAGCUCUACGGUCACCGAACAACAUCAUACGAACUUUCCACCGAGUGGUAAGAUUGCCCAGAGACCUAGUGUAUUCGGUUCUAACGACCCUGUGUCAAAUAUCAGAGAUUCUUUGACAGAGUUUGCAAGAACGCUGCCUACUCCUCACUCCAAAUCCUCCAGGCCUGUGCAACAACCUCGUGAGCCCAGGAAAUCUUCCUCUACCGAACCACCCAUGGAGCCAAAAAGUGGGCCUUGCACGACAGAGUCUACAAGAUGGUCACCCAUUUUCCCAAGAUCUUUCAAACCUGCCCAACAACCACAACCGUCUCAAGUUUGUGAGCAAAGGAAAUUGUCUUCAAGUGUGCCGCAUGUGAAGGAAACACAGCCGAGAGGUAGGCCAUUAACUUCUCCGCCUCCUGGAUCGUUCAAACCUCUCCAACAACCUACGGAGGUCAGCAAAUCAUCUUCUGGUGAACCACCUGUGAGGGACACUCAGUCGAAAAGUAGGCCUUUUGCUGCAAUACCCCUGUCUAAAUCUCUCAACCGUACCAAACCUCCACCUCACAAGGCUGCACUCGGGAAUUGUUCUGCUGCUGGAGAUGUAAGUGAGGCCUCAUGGGCUGAGGAUUCAGAGAAGCCUGGGUUUGUACUGAGACUACCUCCGAGUCGGGUAAAGGGUGGAUCCCUGCUAUUUGGAGACGUGAUUGAGAUAGAGGGUCGGGCAGAGAACCAGAGUGUCGAAAUGAUGACGGAGCACCAGAAGGAGCUGGGCAAGAAAGUGGGUGGUGGCAUGCAACCAGAACCCCCGGCCUUGCCAUCAGCACCUUCAGGUGCAGGUAAUGGCUCUGCAGUACCAAGUUCUCAAACUAAUGGCUCUGCAAUAAUUAAUAGAGCAAGAUCGACACAACGUGAUGCAGCAACUACCCAACAAAAAUCUGGGGUUCGUGCAAACAGCAAAACAAAGUGUGGGGUGCAAGCAACAACCCAACCGGCUCCAGCUGAAGGCAGUGGGAGAACCCUGCCUAUUAGCAGAAUAUCAUCUGAUGGAUAUAGAGGACCUCACAGUAUGCGUCCUCGCAGUUCCUCACUCCCAGCUGAGGACUCUAGUGGUCCUGCAGUAUCAGGUGGCCAGAAAAGACCACGUUCAACCUCUUCAUCAACAGAGGUUGCCCCUCCUAUUCCAAAGCAAUCUCAUGCUUCUGUGAAGUGUGAGCCAGUGACUCCAACACUAACCAGUCCAGAGCCUUCUCUGGACUCUGUGGAGGGUGAACCAGUUUUUGCCCUGAUGUCGGAUGUGUUCCUGAAACUCCAGGAGAAGAUUGAUUUCGAAGUCUCAAAGAUGAGGCUGAUGGAUCUGGGCCAGAUUCCACAAUCUGGCACUUCUGAC